GAUUAAAGGGCAGGGAUAAGUGGUUAGCCGUUGUUGGCUGGACAGAUCCCUGGGGUUGGUUUGCUGGGUCACCCCAGCAGGGCCCCUGUUGGUGGGUCGUUGGACUUUGAGAUCUGUACUCCAAGAUUCUGAGAACUCAGCUCAGCUGAGAAGGGGAAAGGGCAGGCAAGGGGGUUCUGGGAGGCUGUAGGGCAGGGGGCCUGGGGGGACUGCAGGCAUCCUCUUCAUGAGCCCUCCCAACCCUGGCUCCAGGCCAGCUCUGCCAGCCCCCUCCUAGCAGGAGGCCUCCUUGUUCCCUAGGAGUCCCAAGCCCAGAGAAUAAACAGCAGAUAAGUCAGGGAGAGGACAGAGCGGUCCUGGGCGCGCCUUGGAGAGGAGUGGGGCACCGGAGGGAGGGCAGCAUGGGCUGGCUUGGGGACAGAUAAAACCUGAGUCGAGGAGCGACUCCAGAGUAUAACCCUCCCAGGCCCAGAGAGCUCCAGGAACUCGCCUGGGCCACAAAGCGAAGCCUGCACAGUCGCAGCCCUGCCCUCUAUUAGCCCGGGCCCCAUGUGGCAGCACCCCAUGUGUCUGUCCCGUCCAACUCUUUCCCUUCCCGGGGCGUCGCCAGUGAACGCUUCCCAUGCCCUCAGGUCGAGCACAGAGCUGCGCAAGGAGAAGUCCCGGGAUGCGGCCCGCAGCCGGCGCAGCCAGGAGACCGAGGUGCUGUACCAGCUGGCGCACACGCUGCCCUUCGCGCGUGGGGUCAGCGCCCACCUGGACAAGGCCUCCAUCAUGCGCCUCACCAUCAGCUAUCUGCGCAUGCACCGCCUCUGCGCCGCAGGGGAGUGGAACCAGGUGGGAGCAGGGGGCGAACCACUGGAUGCCUGCUACCUGAAGGCCCUGGAGGGCUUCGUUAUGGUGCUCACCGCCGAGGGAGACAUGGCUUACCUGUCAGAGAAUGUCAGCAAACACCUGGGCCUCAGUCAGCUUGAGCUGAUUGGACACAGUAUCUUUGAUUUUAUCCAUCCCUGUGACCAAGAGGAGCUUCAGGACGCCCUGACCCCCCGGCAGAGCCUGUCCAGGAAGAAGCCGGAGGCCCCCACUGAGCGGUGCUUCUCCUUGCGCAUGAAAAGCACCCUCACCAGCCGCGGGCGCACCCUCAACCUCAAGGCGGCCACCUGGAAGGUACUGCACUGUUCUGGACACAUGAGGGCCUACAAGCCCCCUGCACAGACUUCCCCAGCCGGGAGCCCCAACUUGGAGCCCCCCCUGCAAUGCUUGGUGCUAAUCUGUGAAGCCAUCCCCCACCCCGGCAGCCUGGAGCCCCCGCUGGGCCGGGGAGCCUUCCUCAGCCGCCACAGCCUGGACAUGAAGUUUACCUACUGCGAUGAGAGGAUCGCGGAGGUUGCCGGCUACAGCCCUGAUGACCUGAUUGGCUGUUCUGCCUACGAGUACAUCCACGCGCUGGACUCGGAUGCAGUCGGCCAGAGCAUCCACACCUUGCUGAGCAAGGGCCAGGCAGUAACGGGGCAGUACCGCUUCCUGGCCCGGAGUGGUGGCUACCUGUGGACCCAGACCCAGGCCACAGUGGUGUCAGGAGGCCGGGGUCCCCAGUCUGAGAGUAUCGUCUGCGUCCACUUCCUGAUCAGCCGGGUGGAAGAGACCGAAGUGGUGCUGUCCCUGGAGCAAACGGAGCGACACUCUCGCAGACCCGUUCAGCGGGGCGCCCCCUCUCAGAAGGAUGCCCUUAAUCCUGGGGACAGCCUUGACACCUCUGGUCCCCGGAUCCUGGCCUUCCUGCACCCCCCUACCCUGAGUGAGGCCGCCCUGGCCGCUGACCCCCGUCGUUUCUGUAGCCCUGACCUGCGUCGCCUCCUGGCACCUAUCCUGGAUGGGACUUCAGUAGCUGCCACCCCCAGCGCACCCCCUGCCACACGGCACCCCCAGAGUCCUCUUCCGGCUGAUCUCCCAGAUGAACUACUUGCGGAUGUGGAGAAUGCACACAAACUCUUAGCCUCUGGGAAAGACCUUGAGGCAGUGGAGACAGAUCUGGAUAUAGCUCAGGACGUCGAUGCUCUGGAUUUGGAGAUGCUGGCCCCCUACAUCUCCAUGGAUGAUGACUUCCAGCUCAACUCCAGCGAGCAGCUACCCAGGGCGUACCACAGACCUCCAGGGGCUGUCUCCCGGCCCCGGGCUCGGAGCUUCCACGGCAUGUCACCCCCAACCCCUGAACCUUCCCUGCUGCCCCGCUGGGGGAGUGACCCCCGGCUGAGCUGCUCCAGCCCUUCCAGAGGGGACCCGUCAGCAUCCUCCCCCAUGGCUGGGGCUCGGAAGAGGACCCUGGUCCAGAGCUCAGAGGACGAAGCUGAGGGGAUGGAGCUGCUGGGAGUGAGACCCCCAAAACGGUCUCCCAGCGCAGAACCCGAAAACUUCCUGCUGCCUCCGCUCAGCCUGAGUUUCCUUCUGACAGGAGGACCAGCCUCAGGGAGCCAGCAGGAUCCCAGCACCCACCUCCUGGAACUGAAUGAGCCCAUGAGCCUGGGCCCCUCUCUGCUCUCUCUCUACCCAGACGAGGACCCCGCCCAGCCCAGGAGUCACUUCCAGCCAGCGGCAAGCUUGGCGCAGGCCAACUGAGCCAGCCUUUCUGCCUGUCUCCCUUCUCCUCCCCAGAAUGGAUGUCAACCAUACUCCAAGCUGGCAGCCAACGCACAGGAUGGGGGUGCCGGGAGAGGGGUUCCCUCUCUCCUCUCUGUGACCCCCACCCACCUCGGGCCUACCUCAGCUCCCAUCCCUCUGCUCCCCCCACCCCGUCUGGGGGCUCUCUGGGGUGGUCUCAGCUCAGUGACCUCUGGGAGGGGGACCCUAGCCCCCUCCUCCUUCUCUCAGGACUUCCCUUGGGGUUCUCAGUACUGAUCUCCUCACCCCUUUCUCCAACUCUCUUGGCUUUAUUUUUGGUAAUUAGGGAUGGGGGAGGUUGGGGUUCACAUCUGGAUUUCUGGGCACUGGGGAGUAUUGAUAACCAUAAUCAUGUUUUUUCCUAUCCAUCUUUCCUUCAUUCUUAUUUUUUAUUUUUAUUGUUUUCAUGAUGUGUUUUUAGUCGUUCUGAAUUGCCUGGAGGCCAUAAGAAUGCAGGACUCUGAUCUUCUUCCCACCAACGCAGGUGUCAAUGGGGGAGGGGAGGCCCCUGGGCCAGACCUCACCCCCAGUGGCUUUUGGUUGAACCCCUAGCCUCCCAAGCGGCCACCCUGCUCUGCCCAGCCCUCCACUCUGGACCUCUGCCAGCCCCAGUCUGACCUGGACACUGACUGCACUGGUGGUCUUCCUAUCCCAGAUGGAGCCUCUAACCUCUGCUUCCAGCCCAUACAACCUCCAACCCUGUCGGUUCUAGCCCACACCACACUGAUCUCUGGUUCUAGGCUGCACCACCCCAGCCUUCUCUGGUUCUAGGAUGCACAACCUCUAACAUUCUCUGGUUCUAGACCACACAACUUCUGACCUUCUCUAGUUCUAGACCGUGCAACUCCCAACUGUCUCUGGUUCUAGACAGUACAACUUCUGACCUUCUCUGGUUCUAGAGUGUGCCACUCCCAGCCUUCUCUGUUUCUAGACUGCACAACCUCCAAUGUUCUCUGGUUCUAGGCCACACAACUUCAGGUCUUCUCUGGUUCUAGACUGCACAAGCCCCAACGUUGUCUGGUUUAGACCUUGAUCCUCCAAACCUCUCAUUUCAGAUCUCAUAAUCUUCAGCUCUUUCUCAUUCUGGAUCUCACAACCUCUAACUAUUUUCUUACCUCACAGUCUCCAAAGUGCUCUGGUUCUAGGCCACACAACCUCCAAAUCCCUCAGGUCCCAGAGCCUCUGACAACCAGGGUCCUCUGGUUCUGGAGCUCACUCUCUGAAUUCCUCUGGUUCUAGAGCUCUCCCCAUAAAUCUCCCUUGUUCUCAGUAUCACAUGCUCCAACUCCUCUUGACUCCAGAUCUUACAACCAAUGAUUUUGCCUGAUUUUGGACCCCCAGAACCACAAGCUUUGAAUUGGUUCUAGUCUUCCUGAUCUGUAAUGCAUUUAGUUCCAAAUCCAGACUUCUUAAUGCCUAAAUCAUUUUGAUUCUAAACCUCAUGAUGCCCAGCUCAUUCCUUUCCAACUCUACACUCGAGACUUGCUUUUCCCACUAAAAAGAAGUAAAAUGAGUUUCAUGUCUUUUUUUUUUUUUUAACAUUUUUUAAAUUGAGUUAUAGUCAUUUUAUAAUGUUGUGGAGUUUCGUGUCUUGAUCUUAGAACCAGCACUUUCAGAACUAGACACCAUGUUCCAGUUCUUUUUUGCUCUAGACCUCAUGACUUCUAUCACCGACUGGUUCUAGACUAUACAAACUUUAUAACUUGCAAUUUCCAUGGCCCUCUGAUUCCACAUCUGAUGAUCUCCAUUUUCUCUGGUUCUAGAAAUUGACUUCAAAUGUCUUCUGAUUCCAGACCUCAUCCUAUAAAUCCCCUUGGUUCUAGACCUCACAAUCUCCAAUUCCCCCUUACUCCAGAUCUUAUGACUCCAAAUUACCCUGCAUCUAGAACUUGGUCUUCAAACAUCUGAUUAGAGAUCUUGCCUUAUAAGUUUUUCUGUUUCUAGACCUUGUAAUUCUAAACUCUUGAUUCUAGAUCUUAUGACUCCAAAAUCCCUGUGAUCCUAGAACUUGGUCUUCAGACUUUUUCAAAUUCUAGUCUUUACUCUAUAAAUUCCUCUGAUUCUAGGCCUCACAGCCUCCAACUGCCUCUGGUUUCAGAUCCAAAUUCUUCUGGUUCUCGAAUUCAGCCUCCAAAUGCUUCUGAUUUUAGAAUCUGGACCUUGCCCUAUAGAUUCCUCUGAUUCUAAAUUCUGACCUCUGACUCCCUGAUUCCAUACCCCAUGCUCCUAACUCUAUUCUGGGCUUCCCACCCAACUCAACUGGCUCCAAGUCCUCCUCUGUCUUAAAGUCUUCCCAUUCCAGAUCCCUACCCUCCAGGUUCUUGUGCUAAUGGACUUCAUGCUCAAGGUUCUCAAUCUCAUAUCCCUCAAAUUUCUCUGCCUCAAAACUCCCUCCACUCCCCAAACUCAGCCCUCCAGAUGCACUUAACUUUACUUUACCCCAGGUAUCUGGGGAACCUGGGGCUCCCUCGCAACCCAGGAGACUUCCCCAGCCGCACAGGCACACGCACAGCCCUACCUACAAAUCACAGGGUGGGGAGAGAGGCCAGGACUCCUCAGUACUCCACUACCACCUAUGUGUCCCCGUUACCCCCCAACCUUUCUACGAUGGUGCUACUUUUGGUUUUCCACAGGAAAAGACCUCCCUCUUUCAACCCAAUUCAACCCCCUUUUGGAAGGCACUUCUCACUGUUUUGUCAAGGGAUGGCCUGUCCAGAUUGGUGCUAUGGGGGAAGAAGGGUCUGACCUCUCCCUCCCUCAGGGGGUGACCUGGGCCCUCCCUGGAGGGAACUGGGCUAGGCUAGGGGAGGGGAAGGGACUAGACCAGCCAUGCUGGCUCUGAAAUCCACUAAUCUCUAAACCACCAUAAAGAUCUUGCCUUGGUAGGCACCAGAGCUCUGUGUGUUGACUCAUCUGUGGGGUUACUUCAGGGGGUGUGGGUGACGGGGUGUCCAUGUCACUCUGUGAUUCCGUGUGUGACACUGUGUUCCUGUGUAGAUCUAUGUAAUACUGUGUGUCUGGUGAUGUUUUCAUCCUGUGUGUGUGCAUUUGUGACAUAAUUCUGUGAACCAGAGUAUGGGGAGGGUUGUAAUUCCUCCUACGUGUAUUAGUAUCUGGGUGAAAUGAUUCAGCCUUCUGUGUGUUUCUCAUUACUUUGGGUUUCUGUGUUCCUGAGUGUAGGAGGCAUUUUUUUUUUCAGUACCUGCAUGUUGUCUGUGUGGUGUUGCAAUUCUGUGUACCCGUAUGGGACUAUUUGACACUAUAAUUCUGUGCACUGAUCUCUGUGUGAUAUGAUUCUCUGUCCUUGAGUGUGUGUGUGUGCACACACAUGCACAAAAGAUUGUCUGUCUCUAGAUUCACGUGUGGAUGGCCGUGCCUGUCCUGUCAUGUAACCCUCAUAACCCCUCUCCUAUGUUUGACAAAGGAGUUUUCUCAAAGGAAGAAAAGCACUUUUAAGCCUUGGCAUUUACUGUUUUCUCUGCCUUAAAUGCCUCCCCCCCUACACACUUAGUUUUCUCCUACUCAGAUCUUGGUUCAGAUGUCUCCUCUAAGAAGUCUUCUCUGUCUGCCCAAGCUGAGUGAGGUCCUCUCACAACCUCCUAAGAGCCUCCACCCCCACCACAGCUCUACUCUGUCCCACUUUGAAUAUUUAUAAUGGAGGACUUACUCUGUGGUAGGCCCUCUGUCACUUUACCUAUGUGCUUUUCAAUCUCUCCUUUAAUCCUAUACAGUAGGCACAGUUGUUAUCCCCAUUUUGCAGAGGACGAAACUGAGGUUCAAAGACAAUAAUCACUUGUCCAAGGUCACAUAGCAGGGAAGGGAAGGGAAGAGCUGGACUCAAAUCCAGGAUUCAAAUCCAUUAUGGCAUUCUUCCCACAGAGACCAAAAAAAUCUCAGAAAUCUAAUCCACAAGAUGGGCUCUGGAGCAUAAAGAGAUAGUUGAGUAGGAAUUGAGAGCACAGGAAUUAGGUGGGACAAGUUCAAGUUCUGGCUCUGCCACUUUCUUGUUGUAUAACCUUAGGCAGGUGUGUUGACUUCUGCAAAUCUAUGCCCUUAUCUGUAAGAUAGAGAUGAUACUAGUAUUUACUUUCUAGGAUGACUUUUGGCUGUGGUAGGGUCAUACUGCCAGGACAAGAUUUGCAGGUGCAAUAGCUUGUGCUUUCUUCCAGGAGGGGAGCCAGAGCAGAGCCUUAAAGGACUUAGUGCAACAGCAUGAGUAGCAGCUGUGGGCUCGGAAAGGAUGGUCUGGAACAGUGUACAGUGAAUGGGGAUCUGGAGAUGCUGGCUGAGGCUAGACUAUUCAGGGUCUCCUAGGACAUCAGAGUUUGGGUUUUCUCCUAGGGGCACUGAGGAGCCAUGGAAGGCUGGUCAGUGGGGGGCGAGGGAGAAGAAAGGAGAUGGUGCAACAAACUUCUGAGCCUAGCUCAGGGCUGGGGGAUCCAGGGCACCUUUAGUCAAUAACCUAGAAACACUGACCCUUUCUUCUGUUGGUUUGAGAAACCACUCAUUUUUCAGAGAGGAGUAACUGAGACCCCAAAAAGGAAGAGAUUUGUUCAAGGUCACACAGGUAAUCGACAGUAGGGCUAGACCCACGGCUCCAGUUCUGCGUUUUGCAGGAUGCCGCCUCGCAGGAAAGUCACUCUCACUGGCGGUAUUCGCAACCCUCCUACCAACGGGAGAAGACGGCGGGGAGAUCCCGCUUUAGGACCCUGAGAAACUUAUACGGCUCGGAACAUGGUAACUUUGGGAGGGGGAGCCACGCCGGACCUCUUUCCCCCGCGCGCCCCUUUUCGCCUACCCCAUUGGCUCAUUCUAGGAAGGGCGCCGUCAGG